GUCACUAGUGGGCGUUGUUUCAGCACAACCUGUUGAUGGUCUCUCCGAGCAGCUCCUGUAACGUCAGAGUGUUUCCGGGUCUGAGCAUGGAAAUAGAAACCAUGGACGCCGUUGCUUUGGACGUCUUUUCUUCUGCUACUUUGUCUUCACCGUGUUCGUCAUCAGAAAAGUGAUUUAAUUUCUGACUCGUUGUUCUGCUUACGGGUUGCUGUCGUAUGCGUAUUAGCACGUAGGGGCGGGUUUCUUGAAGGAGUCGGACUUAACGCACACAGUGUCAUGCUUAUUGAGAAAGAUGAGCCCGAGUGUUUUGCGUGCGACUCCCUCACUGCGGGGGCAACCCUGCCACACGAUUUAAUCUUUAUGCUAUCAACGAUUAACAAACAUAUUCUUUCAAUAGUUUCUACUUUGUCUGCGUAAUGCCUAAUCAACCAUCCUUUAGGCCUAUUACAGAUAUGUAAACGCAACAGAAGUGUUUAUAGCUGUGUUACUUACAAAAAAGAACAGGUCUAGUGUCCUGUUGUCCCCAUAUUAAUAGCCAUCAGAAUGUCCCUCGACGAGUAUGAAAGGCAUUACGCGUCGCUCAACUCGGACCUGGGCGGCGAGUCAGUGGCCAGCGGGCGGUCCGCGUCGGGGACGUUUAGUGGUGAGGAAGAAAAGUUGCAUUACAUUCCAAUCCGGAUUCUUGGGAGAGGGGCGUUUGGUGAAGCGACCCUCUACAGGAGGACAGAGGACAACUCGCUUGUCGUGUGGAAGGAGGUGGAGCUGAACUGCCUCUCGGAGAAAGAGCGCCGAGAUGUGAUGAACGAGAUCAGCAUCCUCUCUAUCCUGCAGCACAACAACAUCAUCGCCUACUUUAAUCACUUCAUGGACAAGGACACCUUGUUCAUUGAGUUGGAAUACUGCAAUGGGGGAAAUCUGUAUGAUAAAAUCAACCAACAGAAGGGGGAGCUUUUCACAGAGGAGAUGGUAAUCUGGUUCCUGUACCAAAUUGCCUCAGCUGUAGCCCACAUUCACAAGGCUGGGAUCCUACACAGAGAUAUCAAAACGUUAAACAUUUUCCUGACCAAGACAACCCUGAUCAAACUGGGGGAUUAUGGCCUGGCAAAGAAGCUGGACUCCCAGUUUGCCAUGGCUGAGACGUGCGUGGGUACACCGUAUUACAUGUCCCCGGAACUGUGCCAAGGAGUCAAGUACGACUUCAAAUCAGACAUCUGGGCCAUGGGCUGUGUCAUCUUCGAGGUGUUAACACUGACCCGAACCUUUGACGCCACAAACCCUUUGAACUUGUGCGUGAAAAUAGUCCAGGGCAACUGGACUAUGGACGUGGACGACAAGGUGUACUCUCCUGAGCUGAUCCGGCUGGUGUACGAGUGUCUGGACCAGGAUCCGGUGAAGCGACCCUCGGCCGACCAGAUCCUAGACCAGCCAGUCGUCUCCUGUUCCAGACAGGAGCUCGAGGAACGAGUGGCCUUGCUCAACUCAGCGAUGAAGAAGCCAAAGCUCAGCAACGUGACGGAGAGCCCCGUCGCCGUGGUGACCACGCGCUACAGGGAGGUGUACUGCUGGGGCGGGGGGAAGUUCACGCCCCAGAAGCUAGACACCUUCAAGGGGGGCAACAGUGCCCAGCAGGUUUGCGCCGGAGAGAACCACUUCGCCGUGGUAACGGUGGAGAAGGAGCUCUACACCUGGGCGAACGUCCAGGGCGGGGCCAAGAUGGUGGGCCAGCUGGGCCACGGGGACCAGUCGUCCUACCGCCAGCCCAAGAAGGUGGACUGUCUCCAGGGCAAGGCCAUCCGCCAGGUGGCCUGCGGCGCCGACUUCACCGCCUGCGUGACGGACGAGGACCAGAUGUACAUGUUUGGCUCGGACUACUACGGCUGCCUGGGCGUGGAGAACGAGCGGGGCCCCCAGGCGCUGGAGCCCGUGCUGCUGGAGUUCUUCGAGGAGCGGCCCGUCCGCCAGGUGUCGUGCGGGGACAACCACGUGGUGGUGCUGACCCAGCGCGGGGACAUCUACUCCUGGGGAUGCGGGGAGCACGGACGCCUGGGCUUAGACUGUGAGGAUGACUUCUCUUCUCCUAUGCAAGUGGAGAUGCCUAAAGGAGCAAUCAUGUGCUCUGUGUCCUGCGGCAGCGAUGGGACCUUCUUCCUGACCGAGGCUGGGAAGGUGCUGGCCUGCGGGAACAACGAGUUCAACAAGCUGGGUCUGAACCAGGGCAUCUCCGGCCUCAAGAACCAUCGCGGAGAGGCCAGCCAGAGCAUCCCGUACACCACCACGCUCACCCUGGUGAAGCAGCUGUCCCGCUUCAAGAUCCAGCUCAUCUCUCAGGGGAAGACCCACGCGGCCGCCAUUGACGAAAGGGGCCGUCUGAUUACGUUUGGCUGCAACAAGUACGGCCAGUUGGGCGUGAAGGACUUCAAGAAGCACCAGGGGGUCCAGGUGUUGAUGGGCCCCUUCGGGGGGAACCCUGUGACCAAAGUGUCCUGUGGGGACGGAUUCACCAUCGCUGCCACCGACGACAAUCAGAUCUUUGCGUGGGGGAACGCGGGGAACGGGCGCCUGGGUAUGCCAGCGGACAAGGGCUUCGGGUCGGAGGUGUGCCCCGCCCUGCCCAGGCCCAUCUUCGGCUCCCUGCACCACGUGCCAGACCUCUCGUGCCGGGCGUGGCAUACCAUCCUCAUCAGGGAACGAGUGCUCAACUCAAAGACCAUCCGCUCCAACAGCAGCGGCCUCUCGUUCGCCCCCAGCCCGACGGCGUCGUCCUCCACCCUGGACCUGGACCUGCAGGGCUCCGAGACGUGCGUCCGGGAGCGCGGCCUGGGCGGCACGCUGGAGGCCAACGCGGAGGAGUGCGUGACGGGCACCUCGGUGCUGUCGGCGCAGAGCCAGACCGGGGACAGCUCCUGCCCCCCCUGGCUCCUAAAGGAGCUCCAGGAUGCAGAGUUCAUCCCCAUGCCGGACCUCUCCCUGGGCCUGGCGUCCGACGGCCCCUCGAACUACUCGGAGAGCGUGACUCUUCCUUACGAGCAGCUGCAGGAGCUGACGGCCGCCGCCGCCGCCGUCACCAUCGCCGAGAAAGGCCUCUCGACCAAACGAGUGGGUUGUGAUCAUUUCAACGGGCUGGAGGGGGAGGACGUUGCAGACUGCAAGAAAGCAGAUCCAGUACCGUACUGUGAAACCAGAGGUGAUAUUGCCCAGCUGCGGGAGACGGUGGCUCGCCAGGAGCUCAAGAUCCAGACCCUGGAGAAACAGGUCAGCGACCAGCGCAAGGAGAACGAGAAGCUCUGGACGGCCAUCGACCGGCUGGCAUCACGGGACGCCGCGGCGGAGGUAACCAAGAGUAACGGGACGCCACCGUGAUCACGUGAUCCGAACCUCCGGAGGCUGAGGAAGCACCACUCGGGAGACGCUUCAUGUCCGUCUGACCUGAGCACACGAGUGGCAGGAGGCUGGCUAACCAAUGAGGCUCUAGUUUAUGAGCACAUUAUGGAAAGCAUUUGCCUUGUACGCUAACAACAUUUUAUUUACCUUAAUGCCUUAGACACACACGCGUGCAUGCCUCACGUCAUCCGAGUGGGUUGUAGUGGUGUAUUGGGAGCCUUUCACAGACGGCUGUGUUGUUGCACACUGCACACACUGUACGACCUCUGAUCUGGGCAAGGGCGUGGCACACUGGGAUCAUGGUGUUCAUGUGAACCUUAAGGCUACAUCAGAUGACUAGGGCAUCUGAGUCUUCGCUCAGGUAAUGAAAGAAACUUUUCUGUUUCAAAUUACACGGUUGGCUAAAUGUGACGUCAACAUUCGCAAUGAAAUGCCCUUUAGCGACACGAUUAUGGUUUAUCUUGUUUGUUAUUACUGGCUGUCGGCUAACAGCAGUUAUAUUGCUAUCACAGCGCCGUUUUGGUUUCCCCCCCGUGUUUAUUACAAUAAGAAAGAGAAAUAAUCCAAGGAGUCUUUCUCCUGGAUUUUCCACCAAAUUGAUAAAUAAUGUCUGUUUAUGAUUUGCUGGUCUAAUUGACCUUGUUCAAAUGCAGCACUGAUACCUAAUUGAAAGGCUCCUUGGUAUAUUCCCUUGCGAAAUGUUUUUCCAUAAUCUAAAAGUCUGCCACUAUAGCAUGGGGCUUUAUGUAACAGAUAUGUCUAAUACCUAAUGUUUCUAAUUGCAAAAGAUGGUGUUUAAUCCGGAGGUCUGUUUGAGUUAGUCUCAUGUCAUGUUGACCAUUUAAUCUGGGUACAGCAAGGUCAAUUUAAUUACUAAGAACAAUGAGAGUUAAUGUGUCAUCAUGCAGCUUUAGCGCCAAAUGAUGGGAUAACACCCAAUAUCUAUGUCCACUAGUAGGGGAUAUGUGUUGUGUGAGGAAACCAAGGUAGUUAGACUCAUUGUCAUUAAAUAAUCUCAUCAUUUUCAGUGUACAUGCAUUGCCAGGGGUAUCUUUUGCAUACUCAAAAGAUUUAACGAAUACCCUUAACUCAUGUUAUAAUUUAUUUAAGUCUUUGCUCUUUGACAUUUCUCAAUUUGAAUUAUUCAAAAUCAAUUUGCAGACAACUAACUUUUAACAAACCUUUUUUUUACUUCUGUUGUUUAGUAGACUUGUGUUGUUUAUUACACAUGUUAACUUUUUAGCAUCAUUGUUAAAGUGCCGAAAUACGUGUGUGGUCUUUGGUUUGCUACUGAACGGUUUCUUGUUCAUUACGAGUGAAAAUGUGUCCUCAACAAGCAAUCCCACAAAAGCUUAAAGUGCCUUUGAUAGCUCACCGAUAGGUGCUGCAAUUAUGAUUAGCAUAUAUUUCAUUUUUUAAAAAACGUGUUUUUCAUCCUGAAAGAAACCCCUUCUGUUUUCCCUUUAAAUAACGUUGUUGUGCUGUUACAGUGGACUGUUAAGUUCUUCCACGAUCACACGUGUGUCAUGCUUGUGAAAACAAAUAAAAAACAUGGAUAUAUUUUGUAACAUUUUGUUC